AUGUUCUCAGUUCCGGCUCUCGCGGACUGGGGACCUAUGCAGUUCACGAUGGCAGCAUACAUAGUGCAGGGUAAGGAUGACAAAAAGGUGUGACCUUUGCAGUGAUACAUUCUAGGCAUCAUCAUCACUCUUCUGAACAUUCCACUGACCACGCUGCUUCUGAUUCGGAAGCAGAACAGGGAAAGGAAGGAAUUCGUUCUGAUCGGUAAGUCUGGGGGUACUAUUGUUGACGGAACUGAGCAUUUUUCUGUACUUAGUCGGUUAUUCAGGAUGUUGCAGAGACCCUAAGUCAUCCUUCGCUCUGCAAAAGAUCAGAUCAGCUUGUGCAUGUCAUUUCGAUCUUUUGAUCUCAAAUUAAUCACUAAAUUGCUCUCUUUUCAAAAACAAAGUAUGGAGUCUGGACUUUAGCGUUAGGACUUAAAUUUUUUGGUGCGUAUGUUUGAAUAGUCUGUCAUUUUCGUCCUAAUCCCCACGUGUACCCACGCCUCAAUUAGAGUCUGUUUUUUUCCAGCCUGCGUCAGCCUCAUCGACAUCUUCUACGUCGUCGUGAACGCGUGGAACAGUUUCGCCCGUCUGGCGACACCUGAUCAGAGUGAGUCCCUCGAGGAGUCCGGGUGUGCGGAAGUGUCGAAAACAAACGGAUGCCAAAAAUAGACAAAAUAGAGGUUUAUGGUUGAAAAUAAGACUAGACAUUUAGCUAUAACUCGUGCGGACUGCAUCACUCAACCAAUGUACUUCAUCAGUUUGGUGGCCAGUCAGUUAGUGGGUGAGUGGAUCAGAGAACGCAUUGAGAGAAAGGAAACGAAGGAUUACAGCGAACAUGCCGUUGAUGGUGGCGCUCGACAGAUUCAUCGCCACUCGCCACGCUGUUUGGUACUACAAACGGCAGAAAGUCUACUCUCUCCUGCUCGUCGCAAGUGAGGAGAAUCAGGAAAGAAUUCAGGCCUCGACUCUCUUAAUCUUUUCAGUUCCGAUAGUCUUCAGCUGCAUUGUUUCUUUGAUCAACUUGAUAAUCAUUCUGACGACGCCGGAAGGGGAUGAUAAGGUUACCGCGUACUGUUUCACAUCCAGUACGUGCAUGACUGUCGACCAUAUUGCUGUGAAAUAAGCGUCUUACAGUCUUGCCUGCUCGUUCAUACAAACUGACAUUCCACGGAAUCAAGUGGCUCUGCAUCAUCUCUGCCGCCGCUGUUUACCUCCUCAUCGCUUUCCUCCUACGAAAUGUAUCACAUUUUCAGUCGUGCUGUUUGCUCUCAAAGUCUCUUCCAGAAAACUAAUUUCGUCUCCGGAACUCCUGGAUACUUGAAGCGUAUCCGUACAGCUAACGUCGUGAUGGGUCUCACCACGAUCAACUCGAUCCUGUUCCAUCUGAUUCCUGACUUCCUGCUAGUGGUGCCUGUUCCGUUCCUCACAGUCACCAUCCUCGUUCAAUGCAUUCUUUUCUCUAUGAUUCUCGAUAAGGUGUUUCUUUUUCUCGAUCGAGUUCUUCUUUCAAUUUCCAGCGUUCAGAUCAUGUUCAACUUCAUCCUGUUCCUUGUUUUCCACGUUGAACUGCGGAAAAUCUAUUUUGGCCUGUUUUUUCGUGGCCCCCAGGACAAACCAAGCGGCUACAAUAGCUCAUUUCCCAUCACAGCAGCCUCCAAGAGUCCUCUCGCCCAAGGCCAUCGGCAGAGUGUACUGAAUUCUCGCUUAUAAAUACGCUCUUGUCUAAUAAACCCGGAAUUCUUUGUUUAUUGGUCGAUACGGUUCCGCCAGUUCAGCAUCGUUUUGCCGCCGGUUAUCAGCGGCGUUUUCAUGGCUUCUCACGGGGCAAUUCGAGUUAUCAAAGAGCAACGAGUCCCGGAAGAAGCCUCGAAUAGUGCUCAUUCCGUCUUCUUUUUCCCUUCCAGAUGCUCUUCCCUUCCAUCUUCUUCCUUUCUUUCGUUUCUUUGGCUCAAUCCACAGAUUGUCUCUAUUAUACUCACAAACCAAUUGGAAACCAGUGAGAAGACUAUAAAUACACAAUUUGAUCCUACUUUGCAUUCAUUCCAGAUGUUUCAUUUUUGUCAACGAGAAGCUCAACUUCUGGGAUGCGGACAAGUACUGCAAUCAUCAAGUGCAAGUGUGGAGCAACCUGGCCGCAGUGGAGAAUACCAUUGAGUCCGUGUUUCUCACAAGUAAGAUCUUCCUACUAAUCACAAAGCGGUCUUCUUUCUCCAGAAAACGCAGCAUCCGAAUUCGAUAUGACCUACGGCAACUUCUGGAUCGGAGUCUACCGUCCGACCAUCUACGACUACUUCCGAUACUUGGACGGCCGCACAGCGUUCACCUACUUCUCCGAUGUGAAUCCGUCGACAAACUUUGCAACUGUCGACAUUGCCACCGCAAAGUGGAAGACUUUCCCAGAGGAGCAACAACUUCCGUUCGUCUGCAGCUACUAUCCGCCCACACAAGCGACUUCCACCGAGAGCACGGCGUCAGGAUAG